CGCCGAUCUGCACGAGAACCAACAACAGUUCAGGCACGAUUAGCAUUAGUUAACCGUCAACCGCAAGCAUCAAGAACCACACCAUCACCAUGACGGCCACGCUGCAGCCUGCAUAUUUGGCCCUCAACCUCCUGAAGCGGGAGUCAUGCGUGGUGUGCGACAACUCAAAACCACUUGUAUGCCCGGAUUGCGAAGCGGGGGUAUCUAUGUGCCAGUUCAUCUACCCCACAAGUUGCGCGGAAUGUGCCAGAGCGACCUGCGUUCCCGUCGAGACAACCGCUGCCGCACCGCCCAGCCAAGAUCGCUCGACCAACGUCGGUGCAAUUGUUGGCAGCGUUAUCGGCGGUCUCGCCGCCAUUGCGAUAAUUACGUACCUAGUCUGGAGGUUUUGCGUCAGGACGCGGAGGCAACCCCUGGUUCAGGAGCCAUGGGAUGACGGGCAGGAUCAGGGCAUGGACGGUGAGAAGUCGUUUGCUCAACGGCGGGAUCACCGUGCUUCAACCCAUACCGUCCACUCGAUCGCGUCUACCGUCCUCACCCGAGCCUCCAACAUCAUCCAGAUCGCCUACAUCCCGGGCGUCACCAACCGAGCGACGGCGUCCCCGACAGUUCUCGUCCCUCCGGUGCCCCCGAUUCCCAUCGCUGUCUCGCAAGCCGGCACACCCGCCAGCACGGAGGACCAGCAUUUCUUUGUUCCAGGCGACCUGCGCGACUCAACCUACUCAGGCCUCUCGUCCUUCUCGGAUCGCACCUCUUAUGCCAGGACCUCGUAUGCACCGCGGUCGAGUGUGGCUUCCACGAUCUACGGCAAGAGCGCGGUCGUCGUGGCCCCCGCCCAGACCGGUAUGCGAGCCAAGCCGGCCAUGGUUAGCGUAAGGUCGGCGCAUUCCAACACCUCCAACGGCACUUCGACCCCGCCCGUUCCUGCCGUCGACUACGAGAAGUACAACAGCGUCCGGCCGCCAAGCCCCGCCAACAGCACCUUCAGCGUGGGCUCGACAUUCCUCAACAACGCAAGCACCGCCACCGCCACUCCGGCCCGCGCCAUGGUUGUGCGUGUCGGCAGCGUCAAGAAGAUUGGCGCCAACAAGCAGCCCAAGCCAGCACCAGACGCGGACUCGGUCGCGUCGCCCACCGUGUCCGGGUCCACGAUCCGCGACUCAGCCGCCGCCACCAUCAUCGUGGACUCGCCUGCCGAUGAGGGCCCCUUCUCGGAUCCUCCAAAGUCUGCCACGCAGAGCACGACCAGCCUCAGCGCCGUCAUCGAGGAGGCGACGAGGAGGGCCUCCCAACGAGACUCCACCGUACCAGAAAAGGGGAGACAAAGGAGUCCGUUCGGCGAUGAACACGCCUCUUCAUGAUACGCGCCUCUUGAUAACAUUCCUUUCACGUCUGGGACGGAUCUGGGUCAUUACGCAGACUACUACGAAGUCCUCUGCGAUAACGAUGGCCUUGCGGCCUUACUCCCCCUCUUAUGUUCAUGUGAUCUAGGUUUUACUUUUGGUUAGACCUGGAAGCGGUUAUGCCCACCUGCUCGGUGGUUUUGUUCCGGUCGUCUG